AUGAGGGUGCCUGUAUUUGAGGAUGUAGGAGAUGAAGCUGAAGAGGAAAAAACAGGGGAAGAAGAAAAUGAAGAAGACAUGGUAUUCUUUAAGCCUGUUAUUGAAGACCUAAGCAUGGAAUUGGCCAGAAAAUGCACCAAACUCAUUAGUGAUAUUCAUUAUAAAGAAGAGUAUAAAAAGUCUAAAGGCAAGUGUACGUUUGUGCCUGACACGCCCAUGCUAAACCAUGUAAAAUAUAUUGGUGCUUUUAUUUCUGAGGCAAAAUACAAAGGUGCCAUUAAGGCGAAUCUUUCCAAUUCUCUAUAUAAGCAGAUGCCAGCCACAAUCGAUAGUGUAUUUGCAAGAGAAGUUACCCAGCUUCAGAGUGAGGUUGCUUAUAAGCAGAAGCACGAUGCUGCCAAAGGAUUCUCAGAUUAUGCCCACAUGAAGGAGCCGCCUGAGAUCAAACAUGCCAUGGAGGUCAAUAAACACCAGAGUAAUAUUUUUUACAGAAAAGAUGUGCAGGACACCCAUAUGUAUAGUGCGGAUCUCAACAGACCAGACAUCAAGAAGGCAACAGAGAUCUCCAAGAUCAUAAGCAAUGCUGAAUACAAGAAAGGACAAGGAGUAAUGAAUAAGGAGCCUGCUGUAAUUGGAAGGCCAGAUUUCGAACAUGCUGUGGAAGCUUCUAAACUUUCUAGUCAAAUUAAAUACAAAGAAAAAUUUGAUAAUGAAAUGAGGGAUAAGAAACAUCAUUACAAUCCUCUUGAAAAUGCUUCUUUUAGGCAAAGUCAGCUUGUCACCGCACUGGUGAGCGAUGUGAAGUACAAGAAAGACUUUGAAAAUAUGCAUGACCCAGUCUCAGAUCUCCCAAACUUGUUUUUAGACCAUGCUUUGAAAGCCAGCAAAAUGGUCAGCCGACAAGAGUAUAGAAAGCUUUUUGAGGAAAACAAAGGAAUGUAUCAUUUUGAUGCGGAUGCUGCGGAACACUUGCACCAUAAAGGCAAUGCCACGCUCCAGAGCCAGGUCAAGUACAAAGAAGAGUAUGAGAAAAAUAAGGGGAAGUCCAUGCUUGAAUUUGUUGAGACACCGUUGUAUCAGACUUCAAAGGAGGCUCAGAAGAUGCAGAGUGAGAAAGUUUACAGAGAGGAUUUUGAGAAAGAGGUUAAAGGAAGGUCAUCACUAGACUUAGACAAGACUCCAGAAUUUUUACAUGUAAAGUACAUCACCAACCUUCUGAAAGAGAAGGAAUAUAAAAAAGAUUUGGAAAAUGAAAUAAGAGGGAAAGGAAUGGAACUUAACUCAGACGUUCUCGAUAUUCAGAGAGCAAAACGUGCAUCUGAAAUGGCGAGUGAGAAAGAGUACAAGAAAGACCUGGAGUCAAAAAUUAAAGGGAAGGGAAUGCAAGUUGGCACCGAUACUCUUGAAAUACAACAUGCCAAAAAAGCUUCAGAGAUCGCUAGUCAGAAAGACUAUAAGAGAGAUCUGGAGACUGAAAUAAAAGGGAAGGGCAUGCAAGUGGGCACAGACACUCCUGAUAUCCAGAGAGCGAAGAGAGCAUCCGAAAUGGCCAGCCAGAAAGAAUAUAAAAAAGACUUGGAAAAUGAAAUUAAAGGGAAAGGGAUGCAAAUGACAAUGGACAUCCCGGACAUGCUUCGAGCCAAGAGGGCGUCAGAGAUCUAUAGCCAGAAAAAGUAUAAAGACGAAGCAGAGAAGAUGCUUUCUAACUAUUCUUCAGUGGCAGAUAAUCCCGAAAUGCAGAGAGUCAAGAUAACUCAACAGAACAUUAGUGAGGUAUUUUAUAAGAAAGAAGUAGGAGCUGGCACAGCAGUAAAAGAUACUCCAGAGACUGAACGAGAGAAGAAAAAUCAGCAGAAUAUUAGUUCAGUGAAGUACAAAGAAGAGAUGAAGCAGGCCACAGCCAUUCCCGAUCCCCCAGAGCUAAAGAGAGCCAAAGAAAACCAGAUGAACAUCAGCAAUCUCUGGUACAAAGAGCAGUGCCACAAAGCCACGCCCAUGAGCAUCACGCCAGAGAUGGAGAGGGUGAGGAGAAACCAGGAGCAGCUGAGUACGGUAAAAUACAAAGGAGAGGUUAAACAGGCAACUUCAAUUUCUGAUCCACCGGAGCUGAAGAGAGCGAAAGAAAACCAGAAGAACAUCAGCAAUGUUUCUUAUAAAGGUCAGCUGGGAAGAGCCACAGCUUUAAGUGUAACUCCUGAAAUGGAAAGAGUGAAGAAGAAUCAAGAAAAUAUCAGUUCGGUAAAAUAUACCCAGGACCAUAAACAGAUGAAAGGUAGACCAAGUCUGAUUUUAGAUACGCCUGGUCUGAGAUAUGUCAGAGAAGCACAAAAUCAUAUUUCAAUGGUAAAAUAUCAUGAAGAUUUUGAAAAGACAAAGGGCAGAGGCUUCACCCCUGUUGUGGAUGACCCCGUGACAGAGCGAGUGAGGAAGAACACGCAGGUUGUCAGCGACGCGGCCUACAAGGGUAUCCAUCCUCACAUCGUGGAGAUGGACAGGAGACCUGGAAUCAUUGUGGACCUCAAAGUUUGGCGCACAGACCCUGGCUCCAUCUUCGACAUUGAUCCCCUGGAAGACAAUAUUCAGUCUAGAAGUCUCCAUAUGCUCUCUGAAAAGGCGAGUCACUAUAGGAGACACCGUUCUCGAUCUCAUUCGAGCAGUACUUUUGGGACAGGUCUGGGAGAUGACAAGUCAGAAAUAUCCGAGAUUUACCCCAGCUUUUCAUGCUGCAGUGAGGUAACCAGGCCAUCGGAUGACGGAGCUCCUGUUCUUCCUGGAGCCUAUCAGCAAAGCCAUUCUCAAGGCUAUGGGUACAUGCACCAGACCAGCCUGUCAUCCAUGAGGUCAAUGCAGCACUCACCAAAUCUAAGGACCUACCGAGCCAUGUACGAUUACAGUGCCCAGGAUGAAGAUGAAGUCUCCUUCAGGGAUGGCGACUACAUCGUCAACGUGCAGCCCAUCGAUGACGGCUGGAUGUACGGCACGGUGCAGAGAACUGGGAAAACGGGGAUGCUCCCAGCGAAUUACAUCGAGUUUGUUAAUUAAUUAUCUCCCAUUGUCUUUGAGCUUUACUCUAAUGUAUACUAGAUCUAAUCUUUUUAAAGGAUAGAAGAUACUUUUAAGACACCGUGGCAGUUAUUUUAUGAUAAUCUCUCUCUACUUUGACAAUUAGACACGCAGGUGCCAGGAGGAGGGAAUGACUUCUGGGCUGAAAACAGCAGCAUUUUCAGGAAUUCCUGUAAACAGAGUCUGUAGGUCUGGAGACCCUGGUGCUGCUAAUUGUGUUAAUGGUUUCCUUUGAUUGGCUUUCAAACACUUCUGGGAAAUGUAUUUUUGUAGACUUUAAUAGAGAUGUUGAGUGUCCCUUAAAUGUAACGAGUCUCUGAAACUUCCUAGCUGUCACUUUGGAGUUUACCAGAAGCCAAUUCUCUUAAUUCCGUAACACAGCCAAUAAUUUAAAAACCAGUUCACUUUUGACCCAUUAGGGAAUUUCCAAUUGAAGUGAAAAUUGCCUAAUGUAAUAGACGUAAGCAGUGGCAGAAUGACAGUUUGGUGGAAAUUAUACCGACUGGUGGCCUCAGGGACCUAGAAACUUCUACCGAACAAAGACAUUUCCUUGUUCCCUAGGCUGACUGGGGUCUGGUUAUUUCUCAUGUGUACCAAGGGAUAUCCUUCUCUCCAUUUGCAUUCUGUGGGCCCAAGUCUACGCUUGACUCCACAGAAUGUCAGGACCAAAUGAUGUCACAGCUACUCUGUCUGCAAAGGACAAAGUGUAAGUUCAUCUCUGUUAUUUCCCCUAGUAGCUUCUACCCUGUUGCAUGUCACGUAGGUUCAGGCUUCUGUAACAUAGGCAGCUGCACUGCCCAGCGCUGUUAUGAAAGCAAAACCUGUGGCUGAUAACCUAACGGCCCCUCCCUCUAGCCGCCAGCUCAUCGGAAAAACAUCUUUUGAAAAGUUGCUUGAGAUCCUCCUACUGCCCCGCACUCUAGUUUCGAAGGAUUCACACCCUUAGGAAAUAGAUGUCUACUCUAGCAAAUAAGUGAUUUAGGUGUUUACUGAGCAACUUUCAUUAACUUAAUGCCACUGUUGAUUGAAAAGUAAAGAAAACGGAAUAGGAGCAGGUGACAGCAAAGUCACUAGAGACGACGAGUGAGCAAAAAGUCCCCCCCUCCACACAGAUACCAUCUGGUCUCCUAUUUUGGAAACUGGUAUUCCGACCUGGGAAUGGAAAUCUAACCAUCGAAAGUGCUUAAUGAAAAGACUUCCUUUCUACUUUCUUCUGGUUUUUCUUUCCGAAGAGGGGGAGCUGAAAAUGCCAGCAGAGAUUUUAGGUAUAGACCCAACAAGGUUAUUCACUAAAAAAAAGUAACUGUUGUCCUGUCUUGAGUUUCAAAUGAGAGACCCUGCAGUCUCUACCUGAAUUCACAGCCAUGUCACGGCCCUUGCUGGUGGCUCACGAAGGUUCGCCUGUGGUCGGUCCAGUCGAGAUCACUGGAGACAUGAACGCCCAUCAGCGACUCUGUGUUUUUCUGAUGGGUUCAGACGUGCAGCAGGGUAGCGUUUUUGGAGGGCCUGUCUCUGUAGUUGUGAUGUAGCUGAAAAAGCCAAGUUUAAAAAAUGUGACAAAAUGUAUGGGUCUUGGGAAGAUCUCCCUUCUAUAAUAUAGGCAAAGAAAUUAACGAAACAUCCUGUGAAAUACCUUUUUUUUUUGAAGUGUUUAGGAGUCCAAAAACAAAUGCUAAUUCAUUUAUACUUUUGAAAGGUUAAUGCAUACUUUUGAACAUCUAUAGUUCCAUUCGAUCCAGCUAAAAGGGCAACUAAAGCUUUGUUACGCUCAAGCUGCGUCUGGAAGACAUUCACAGUAAAAGAAAAGAGAAAUUGUGGGUAAAAACCUAGAGAGUCUUCUUGAGGGGAUUUUACAGAUUCCUAUAGAUCCAACUGGACUGAUUUUUGUAUCAUUGAAGUGGCCAGUCAUGAUUAAAUGGACCCCAUUCCUGUUUUGUUGUUUGUACACAAACCCAUAGCCAAGCUGAAACUGCAACAUUCUUGCAAACAUUUCUGUGCAUCAAAACCGAGGAGGGCAAGAAACCUGCUCGAUUUCCUGAUGUUUCACCCAGACAGACCACUUUUGUGAUUGUGAGAAAGAGUAGUUGUUGAUUAGGCCUGCCGACUAAAUGUGGGACGGGUACAAAUUUUGAGAAAUAGCACAUUUACACGCGAGCUCAAUGGCAGCGGGCUUGAAGUGAUGCUUAUAAUUGGGGAAAGUACUGAAAAGCAGCAGCUCUGAUGUUCCGCUGUCUUUCUCAUCCACUAAUUUCAAAAUCAGAUUCACAGAAUGUGGAAGUUAAUAAUUAUCAGGGGAAUAAUUCUCCUAAACUCAGAAGCUUCCCGUAACAUUUGCAUAGUGGGAUAUUUGUUUCCAGCCUCUGGGAGUCAAGGGCUUCUCAGAAUUUAACUAGAGACCAGUUGCUCUACAAUAAAGACUGAGGGAGAAUGAGACCUCACGUGCUCUCGACACUGUAACUUGAUGUUGUCACUGUUGCUAACGCUUGUCAGGAUAUUGAGCAUCUCAGCAGAAAUAUAGGGAACAUAUAUGUAUAAAACCAAAGUGCUACUUUCACAGGAUCAUUUUUCAAAACUGCAUUUUCGGACAAGGCUUCCACUUUGCACGCUCCUCCCCCCUCCAGUUUGGCUGGCGGCGAGAGAAGGGCUUAAAAAAAAAAAUCCGUCUUUUAAAAAUCAAGUUACAGGAGACUGUGAAAUGCCCAAGCACAGGGAGCACGCACUUGAUUUUCUGAAUCUGAUGCGUUCUCAAGCCUGAUAAAAGCACAAAGGAGCAGUUUGAUACGCGUGUAUAAGGUUCCCCAAACACAACUCUCCGAAUUGUAUCUCCCUUGAGUAAAGCAGAGCCAGUGGGAUAGAGGACCUCGGUUGUAAGUUUUUGUAGCAAGCGUUUUUACUAAUUCUCGUUCUCUGGGGAGGCUUUCUCUUUCUCACCUGUGGCAAAACGAAUGCUUCACGCCUUCUUGUCCUUGUUUACACAUCGGCAGCGUAGCCCAGUUUGAAGCAUGUAUCUGGUUGUCAGAUCCCCGCCCAGUCCCUGCCUGUCCUUGGGCGUCCCCCACCUCCAGAGACCGCACAGCAAUUUGCAAGCACAAUUUCUCCGGGCACCUUCUGUGAAUGUGGACGGGGUUGGAUCGGCCCCUCUCUGGCCAUUUGGUUCCUUGCUUGAAGAUGAUGGAGAUGCGGUGUUAGGAGGCUUACCGCAGUCUUUCUUACCUUCUCCUCUCCCCAUCCGGCUUGAUGAUGCUCUGGAAGGGUGAGAAAUAGACUUUUCUCAAACAGUGAAGUUCAAGAGGUGCAUGCAUCUCUUUUUCAGGUGUGUCCAUGUCCAGUGAAAUGUUUUUAAUGAAAAGAUAAAGAAAAUGUGUGUGAUCCUUUAGUAACACAUCCCCUGUAUAAAGUGGAUGUAGUUUAUACCAAAAUUAUAAUAUAGAUGUAUUUUAAAAAGGUGCCUUUUUGAUUACCCUUGUUUAUCCAGUAUGGGCUUGGGAAGAAAACCAAGCAAGCAAACAAACUUCUGUCUAUUCUAUAGUAAUAUUUUAUUAUACACGACUGGUAUUUUUGUGGUGGGGAAGCGAGAUGCUCGUGACAGAUAUGGAAGGUGAUAGCCAAUUGUAUUUUACCUUUAAAGGUUUAGAACUUUAGAAAAUACUGACUUUUCCCAUCUAUUUCUGAAAAGUUCUUUGUGGAUUUAUAGACAUAGUCAGGAUGCAUAAACAUUAACUUCAGGCCUGAGACUUAAAAUACCUAUUGCAAGAUAGAAGAAUUAUGUUAUGAGGCUGAAUUCAUUGCACAUGAUGAGAUUCACUUCAUAAAUGUCAUUAUACCUUAGCUAUUUGCUUCUGAUCAUCUAAAAGUGGCAAGAGCGUGCGUGUUCUGGUUAACGUGACUCGGAGGCGAGAAAGCUUCAGUUAAAUGAGAAGCGAUGUAAACUCAGUUAAGAAUGCUAAAAUGAAAGUCUCUUUCUGAAGUAGUCUACGCCCCUUAGGAUCCUUUCCAGGCAACUGACUGUCAACUGUUAAU